AUGCAUGCCACCUUCGCCAACUGCGGCCAACAUGCGUACUAUUCGGAACGUGUUCCGAUAGCAGACUUCGAGUCCGAUGGGAACCCCGUGAUCGUUGUUCUUCUCACAAGAGAUACUCACAAGCAGUCGAGAUCGUGGCAGUGUCACUGGUGUGGUCGAAAUACUGGCCUCGUAUUCUCCCAAUUACGUGACCGCCUAUUCCACAGCAAUGAAGAGCAUGGUGAAGCCUUGCUUCUACGAGAAAAUAGCGUGUCAAACGCUCAUGCAUCGAGCAGCGUUCACCUCGAGACCCUCUUGCUCGCUGACUACGAGUUGUGGCGCACCCUUCCGACCGACCGACAUGCUUGUGACAAGGAACUAGUUCCAGACUUUGCGCCGAUAAUCACUCCGAGAGUUAGGAUCAUGGUCUAA